GUCGCCGUGGCAACGGCACAGCGCCGCGGUUAUAAAGAGGCGCGUGAAGAUGCCGCGAUCUGGAGGUGAGAACUUUUCUUUCCUCUGACCUGCUGCUUGCUUUCGGCUCCUCCAUCCAGAACAAAGCGCCAUGCUGAAGCUCUCCGAGAAGUCGGACUCAAAAACCGACACCAAGAUCCUCCUGGACGCCAUCUCAAAGGACAAAAUGCACCUGGCCAGGUUCAUCCUGGACGCACUGGACGGUAAGAUCGUGGACUCGAAGAGCGAUGGCGAGCUCACGCCGCUCAUCUCGUCCGUGUUUUUGCCGGACUCGCGCGCCAGGGCCAAGUUCAUGAACCUGCUGCUACAGAGGGGCGCUAACGUGAACCAGCAGGACGAGUGUGGACGCACAGCGCUUAGUUACGCGUGUGAGAAAGGCUACCUGGACGCCGUGAAGAUGCUGGUGAGGAACAACGCGGAUCCGGAGAUGGUGGACGCAUGGGGAAACACCGCGCUCAUGUACGCAGCCGUCGCUGGACACGCGCUGGUCGUGGAGUUCCUGGUGAGGGCUUUCAAACGGCUGGGGCUCCAAAUCGACCGCCAAAACAAAGUAGGUAACUCAGCAGUGGAGGUGGCGAAGUACCUGGGCCACACCGAGUGUUUAUCCGCGUUAAUGUGCAGCUCCAGAAAAGCGCACGAUCAAGACGCGUUAGAUGAAAGAUUCGCACUUUUGCGCGCCAGAGAGAGCGAGGACACACAGACCGACAAGGAAAAACCAUGUGAAGUUUCAGACACGCACCAGAGCAGAAGCUCGAGCCGGAGGAAAUACCCGAAUUUAUGGAGCAGAAUGAUGUCCAUGGACUCUAUCGAGGAGCUGGAGAGAGAAAGUGAAUCUGAGAAGGACAGAUGGCCACCCUCUCCACAAGGCUGCGCUUUCUCAGGUGUGCUCACUCCCAAACCGCCUCAGCGAUCCCGCGUUUCGCAAACUUUAAAGCAGGUAGCGGAAAGCUGCCUGAACAGCCAUCUCCCACCUUUACCCCGAGGGGCAGAGCCGCCCAGCCCGGCUUCACCCAGGACGCCCAAAAUCCACGCGCACGCACCCUGCGCUCUAUCCGGUCCGCUCGGUAUCUUACUCACGCCUAUUAGGAAAGCCAGCAGGUCGGACUCGGACAGGGAGGACGUCACUGCGAUGAGGUUUAAUGACAGUUAUUACCGGAAGCGGUGCAGUUUGCCCACCAGCGCCCUCGGACCCACACCGCCUGAGCGACCACUGCUGAAACCUGCGCGCAAAAGCAAACCUGCUCCUAAAGGCAUCACUUCUCCGCCGCACGGCGAGACUGCGGACUUCUCCGCCACUGCGCUUUCCGUCCUGGGCAACAGGUUGCUGAGGCGCUUCACUUUACCAGAGUUGAAAAAGCCCGGAAAGGAAGCGAGAGAAGGCGGCGGCGCGCAUGGAGAAGGCUGUGAAACGGCUGCACGGGGCAUGCCGAGGUCCGAGACCUUCCCCCUGAGCACCAACCACCCGCAAGUAGGAAGCAAGCCGAGUAUAGACAGCAUCAGCGCAGUGAAGUGCGAGUUUGACUUUCAGCUUAAAACCAACUUUUGACCGCGCUGCUGCGUUUGCAAGGGGUCACGUGACGCGGCAGAGGACGAAUCAUUUGCUAAAGCCGAGGAUCUGCUCUUUGUGGUCACGCUGACGUGUACAUGGAUUUUUUUUUUUUUUUUAUGCUUUAUGUUUGAGGAGGAGUAUUAGAAACUGCUCUCAAUAACACUCUUUGUAUUGUCUAUAGGCCCAGUGCAGACUCAGAGAGACUGGAUAGAAAAAUUCCUUCUAUAAAGUAGCAGUGUGUUAUUUCAAUCCUAUCAUGUCUGACUUGUCAAGUGAUUAGUAAAUGAAUAAAAUGCGAUCAUGAAUGUCAUGUUUGUAACGCUUCAUUGCGCAUGUUCGACCGGUUUAACACUUUUGUGUGCUACUCCAGUUGCUCGUUAUUUUGUGCUGCAGUGAAACGUGAAAUUAGACUAGGCU